GUUUGAAUGAAACGAUACAUCCUGCGGUAACUAAAGGAAUUCCCUGAUCGUUACAUGAAAGCGAUAAGACUUUUGGGUUCAGUAUAAAUUGAAAAAUGGACAAAUAGAACAACAAAUAGCAACUGAUCGUCUCUCUUCAAACAUCUAGUUCAGCUAAGAAAACCAAACCCAACCAUAACAAUGAAGUUUUUCCUGUUCGUCGUUGUCGCCAUCAUGGCCUUAAUCGCCGGAAUGACCCAGGCCCAGGACUGCCUGCCCAACGGUGCGACUUGCACGUACACCGGAACCAUGGGCAACUGUUGUUCAAGUUUCUGUCUCCAACAACCCGAGCAAUCCACCGGAGUCUGUCAGGAUCGUUAAUACAGUCCACACAUCUCGAAUUGACUUUUAAAAUGUAUUUUUUGUUUAUUAAAACGCAGUAUUCUAGUAA